AAAAAACAAAGGCCAACAAAAUUGACAACUACUCGUCAGCUGAGACGCCGAGCGAGGGCAGGUCAUUGGCCGCUGGCUGCGCUACCUUGUCGCGUCCUCCGCACUCACCUGCCGUUCUUUCCCUCCCUUGCUUCCCUCCCUCCGCUCUAUACUUAAUCCCCAUUUCCUUCUUUGUUCAAGCCUGCACCGAUCUCUCUCUGCCUUUUUUUUCCCACCUACUUUUUUUCCCCCUCCCCGGGCUAUAUAUUCUCCAGCUACCGCACACCUCUCCUCUCGAUCCUAUGCAUGCACCUCCUCAAGCCAUAAGCCAUGGACGGCCGCCGCAAGAAGCAGCGAAAAUUGUCCAACGGCUCCGAAGCAGAGGUGAGCAGCGCGGAGUGGGAGUUCGUCAACAUGACUAAGCAGGAGGAAGACCUCAUCUUCCGAAUGUAUCGCCUCGUCGGCGACAGGUGGGAUCUGAUAGCAGGUCGCAUUCCGGGUCGAAAAGCUGAAGAGAUAGAGAGGUUCUGGAUCAUGAGGCACCGUGAAGACGGCUUUGCUACUUACUAAACUACUCGCGCAUAGCUAGCUCGCUAAUUAAGAAUGAUAAUAUAUCUUUUUCUUUUUUCUUUUUUUCUUUUUUUUGUUUAGGAUGUAAGAUCCGUUUGUUUGUUGGUUUGUUGUUUUACUUGAGCAUGCAAUUACUGGACGAGCUUUAUUUGAAUUAUCUAAGCCGAUGAGAAUUCAUGGAUCGACCAAAUUAAAACCAGUGGGGUUUUAACUAAUUAAUGCUCAACAGUGGAUGUAUUUUUAACAAAAUUUAGUGCUGUCUUUCUAAUCCUGCUUCAUUUCA